GCCGUUCUUCAUGGCUCUCAUCACAUUAUCAGGCUAUCCUGCCUCUGGAAAGUCCUCUAGAGCUCUCCAAAUAAAGCGUUAUCUUCAAGAAAAACUUGCCCAGGAUCCCCUUCUUUCUCAUCUCAGCGUCGUCCUGCUUUCCGACCAUUCACUCAGCAUACCGCGGGACGUCUAUAAUGAUGGUCGUUCCGAGAAACCCGCGCGGGCCGCCCUAUUUGCUGCGUUGCAGCGUCAGAUGGGUGCCAACACGAUCUUAAUUGUUGAUGCUCUAAACUACAUCAAGGGCUUUCGAUAUCAAAUGUACUGCGCCGCGCGCGAACACAAAUUGCGCGUUUGCACCGUCUACGUCGUGACGCAGGAAGAUCAGUGCAGAGAGUGGAAUAACACCAGAUCAAAAGAAAACAAGUAUUCUGAUUCAACAUUAGAAAAUCUCUUCCUUCGAUACGAAGAGCCUUCGUCGAUGGUCAGAUGGGACUCUCCGUUGUUCACCGUACCCUGGACAGAUCAGGAAAUUCCUGGCGCACAGAUUUGGGAAACUAUUACCGUUGGAACUAUCAAGCCACCAAACACAGGGACUCGAGCAGUCGCCAAGGCCCCUACAGAUGCUCUCCUCACGUUGGAGAAGACGACGUUGUCAGUUGUCUCCGCAAUAAUGGCUGAACAGGCUCAAUCUCAAGGUGGUUCAGGUGGACCCACUGCCCUUUUCCUUUCUGCCAGCUUCAAAACCCAAAUCAUAUUACCAUUACACCCCGUCACUCUUUCUGAACUUCAACGUUGCAAGCGGCAGUUUGUAGCAGUUCACAAAAAGGCCAUCACACUGGGUACUGUGGAGAAAGGUCAAGUUGAUUGGGAUGAAGAGGGAGUAGCAGAAAGAUUUGUUACCUAUCUUGAAGAAAACUUGAAGACCUGAAGUUUGAACCCACUAGUCAAUGCGUAAUUACCACUUUGUGGGCAUACUUCCGACAUGAAAGCUAUACUAUCCCCACCAGACUAUGUAGCAUAUUAUAAUGGAUUCUUGCAACAGAACCUGGGGUUAUUAUAAUGAAUGUCAGUGUUUUCCAAG